GACUGUAUAAGUGACUCCCAUGAGUGCAACAUUCUCAUCAUCCUCUUCUCUAAGAAGACAACAUGUCUACUCCAUGGCAGUUUGUGAUCCUGUUACUCUUAGGCAUGAGCUGUCAUGCUGGGACCAUCGGUGGCAUUCGUGCUUCCACUGCAGACCCGGGAUUUCCCAAGAACGCCAGCACUAAUGACCCUGAAGUAAAGAAAGCAGCGAGGACAACUGUCUAUGCUUAUAACAACAUGUCCAAUGAUAGUUUUCUGUUCAAAGAGCUGGAGAUAGAGAAAGCCAUGAUACAGGUUGUAAAAGGAAUAAAAUACCUACUAAGAACAAGAAUAGCAAGAACAGUCUGUAAGAAAAACAUGAAGGACAUCUUGGAUGAAUGUGACUUCCAACAAAGAAAGCCCCUGAAACAGAUAUUCACCUGUUACUCAGAAGUGUGGAAAAUAAGCUGGCUGCAUAUCGAGGCAGUGUCUGUGCUAGAGUGCACUCAGGGUCUAGGUAUCCAAAGACUUCAAGGCCCCAGACGUUCGCUUUAGUGCUGUCGGAUUAUUCUGUCACCUGCUUAAAGAGAUCUUGGAGAGGACGGAUGUAAAUCUUUUUUUAAUAAAGUUUGCAUAAAUGACA